UUAUCUAGCGGUGGUGUAUGUAUCAUUUUAAUGCAACACUUGAUAUGUUUUGCAAAAGAAAAUAAGUAUUUGAAUUAAUUAGUUAUAGUUAGGUGUUUUAAAUAAAUAAAAGUGAACUCCUAAAUGCUAUUGUGCUUUUAUAAUAGAAGAUUAAAGGUCCUCAAAAAUAAACGAGAAAGGGGUAUUGUAAUGAAGUAGUGUUAACCAUUACUAGACACAAUGGCUGACGAGGAACAAGAAAUGCACUCCAACAUUUCUAACCUGAACUUUUUACUCAACGAAAAAGCAUUGCAAAGUUUCGAAAAAGAAAAUAAUGUAGUCUUUUCACCACUACCGCUACAUACGUUCUUGUUACUACUAUCUCAGGAUCAAACAUACUGUUAUAACAGAAAUUUUAUAUCAACAUUACGUUUGUACAAAAAUCACGACCUGUGUAUUAAAUAUUAUAAGGACUUUAUAUCAUCCUUUCACACACUGGAUAAUGGAAUUUUUUCUCUAACAAGAAAAUUGUUAAUUAAGGAUAAUUAUCUGUUGCACGAUGAUUUCAAGAACAUAAUAAAUAAUUUUAAUUACGAAAUAGAGGCUGUUGAUUUUAAUGAGAAAGAUACUGCCGCUAAACUCAUCGACUCCUGGUUUGGAAACAAAACACAUAGCCUGAUAAAGGGUCUGUCCGACAAAAGUUUAAACGACAAUACACACCUAGCCCUUUUAGAUGCCGUGCAUUUUAAAGGGAAAUGGGAUAGAAUGUUUAACUUAGAACCUAGCCCUAGAAUGUUCCAUUUAAGUGAAAUGGAUAGCAUCGAAACUCAAAUGUUGAAAACAACAGGCGAGUUUUACUACAAAUCUGACGAAGAUAUGGCAGUCACAGCUUUAGAAUUACCUUUGACUUCUGAAGAGUUCAGUGUAAUCGUUAUUUUACCUGAUAAAUCUAAGACGCAAGACGCCAUUAAUCUGUCGUGGUAUUUUCCAGGACUUCUCGAAAAUAUGACGAAGGAAAAUAUUGAGGUCUUACUGCCAAAGUUUAAAAUAGAACAACUUUUAAACUGCAGAAAUAUUUUUACUAAUAUGUACCUGAAAGAAGAAUUUGAAGACAAUGUUUUUUUCUUUGACAUGCUACAAAGUGAGUUUUUAAAAUUUGCCCAAAUAGAUGAAAAGGGAUUUAUCAGCGUAGAUGAAAAGGGAGUAGAAGCAGCAAGUGGACUUGCUGUCACGAUGGUACCAGCAGAAUUCAACAAAGAGAUCAUUUCUCCAGAUGGACUAAAGAUGUCGGAAAUGUCCAUAAAAACCGUAAUUUCCAACCGAUUUGCGAAAACUUUAGUAACGUGCAAGGUCCAAAACAACGACAAGUCAGCGAAAGAAGCCACUUUUACUGUUGUGUUACCUGAAACGGCAUUUAUUACAGAGUUUGUUAUGGAAAUGGACGGUAAAAGUUACAAAUCUUAUAUAAAAGGAGUGGAAGAAGCUAGAUCUGUUUACGAUGAGGCCUUAGCUCGUGGUAAGAGCGCAGGGAUCGUCGAAGCUGACGCGAGAGACUCGACACAAUUCAACGUGUCUGUAAACAUGGAACCUCAAUCUAUAGCUGUCUUCUUGCUGACAUACGAAGAAAUGCUCCAGCGUAUCCACGAUCAAUACGAGCUGGUGUUAAAUAUUUGUCCAGGGAGAAUUGUAGACAAUCUAAGCGUGGAGGUUAAUAUCAACGAAAGUAGAGCGCUUAAAUUUGUGAGAACACCUCCGUUAAGAUCGGGGAAAGAAAUGAAGAAAAUAAUGGAUCCUUUUCUUGUACCUUCUUCUGAUAUUAAGACAAACGCGAAUUCUUCUGUUGUUAAAUUCAGUGCAGAUGUGCAACAACAACAAAAAAUUGCCUGUUAUUUAGGAACUCCGUUUUCCGAUGGAUUUACUGGCCAGUUUGUUGUACAGUAUGACGUCGAAAGGGAUCCGAAAAAUGGAGAGAUCUUACUUCAAGACGGGUAUUUUGUUCAUUUCUUUGCCCCAAACGAUUUGGAUCCCUUGCGUAAGCACGUUGUUUUCCUAUUGGAUACCAGUUCUAGUAUGACAGGAAGGAAACUGGAUCAGUUGAAAGACGCUAUGAUGAGCAUUUUAAGCGACAUCAGAAAGGGGGAUUUGAUAAGUAUCAUCGAAUUUAACCAGGAUGUUAUCGUUUGGGAUAUCGAGUCCGAAAAGUCCAAAGUAAUAUUUUGUACAGACUUUAACAAUUUUGAUGAACCAUUUGGAGCGCUCGGUGAACUCUCUCUGCCAAGUCCGCUUCUUGCAGACGAAGUAACAAUAGGUAAAGCGAAGAAUGUUGUGCGGAGAAUGCCUGGACAAGGCUCGACGUUUAUGAUUGGUGGCUUGGAAGUGGCACUGUACAUGAUAAAGAUUGGGCAGGAAAAGAUUAUCGACAAAAGUUCAAAAUACCAACCGAUAAUGGUGUUUUUAACCGAUGGACAGCCCAACAUUGGUUGUGGCUCAACAGAUCGGAUCACCCACAUGGUAACGAAAUUAAAUCUGAGGCACAAUAAUGUGCCCAUUUUUUCACUUUCAUUUGGUGAAGGUGCCGAUAAGUCAUUUCUAAGGGAGUUGUCGCUAAAAAAUUUUGGUUUCUCAAGGCAUAUUUAUGAGGCUUCUGAUGCUUCCCUGCAGCUCCAGUCAUUCUACAAACAGAUUUCUUCACCGUUACUAACAGAUAUCAAGUUUAAGUAUGAAUCUGACGUAACCGAAGUGACCAGGUCCCACUUCCCGAUCUACUUCAGAGGGGGUGAAUUGGUUGUUUCGGGAAAAUGUAAAGGAUGCCAACUGCGCAACGAUAUCAAUGGUUGCGGACCGAGGGGUUACUUAAAUUUGGGAUCUAUAGUGAGGAACCCGGUUACUUCUUUAGAAAGAUUGUGGGCAUAUUUGACGGUUAAGCAGCUGUUGGAAGAGAGAAAUACCGUGGAUAAUAAAGAAGAGUUGACCAAAAGAGCCGUCGAUUUAUCGCUCAAAUAUUCAUUUGUUACAGAAGUGACGUCUUUAGUUGUUGUGAAACCUGAUGAAACUUGCGACACUAAUCCUCCAUUAGAUAAUUUAGACGUAUCAGAGGACCUUAGCUGUAAUUUCAGAUCAUUACUCGUUAAAAGGAAGACAAGCAAAUGGAAAACUGAACCUGAGGAAGAAAUCACGGAAUGUUGCGAAGAAAUUGAAGAUAUCCAGCCUGAGGAACCUAAGAAAUUGGAGUUCACAGCUGAUCAUCCCUUCUUUGUUGCCCUAGCACUGAAAAGGGGAGAUAAGAAAAUAUUGCUUUUCGUGGGAUGGAUCCAAAAACCAUCUUAUUAGUGUUUAUUACUUUUGAAUAUCUUGUUUUAUAU